AUGGAUUACAGUUCCUACAGUGGUGUCCCGAGGUUCUUGACUAGGCCCAAAGCCUUUGUGGUGUCUAUGGGGAAAGAUGCCACCUUGAGCUGCCAGAUCAUUGGGAAUCCCAUCCCCCUGGUGAGCUGGGAGAAGGACAAACUUCCCAUCCAAACGGGAGGACGGUUCAAAAUGGUCGAAGACGACGACCUCUAUCGUCUAACGAUUUACAACUUGAGCCUGGAGGACAGCGGCCAAUACAUCUGCCGGGCCAAGAACACGAUUGGGGAAGCCUUUGCUGCGGUCAGCAUCAAAGUCGGGGAGCAGACCACCGUGACCGAAUCGGCCCCUUACUUCAUCCAGAAGCCAACAUCCAUCCGUGUGAUUAUGGGAGAAGAUGCCAUGUUCAAGUGCAUCGUGCAAGGCAGCCCUCCUCUUUCCAUAAACUGGGAGAAGGAUGGGAAGUACCUGGGCAAGCGUUCAGAUUCCAACCGCAUCCGCAUUGAGUCCCAGGGGGAGAAGAACGCCCUCAAGAUCCAAAGUACUCGGCUGGGGGACAGUGGGACCUACACGUGCCACGCAGAGAACCCUCUUGGAUCCUCCAGCGCAGGAGCCGCCUUGAUGGUGGACAUGCCCGAUUCUUAUAGCCCGGGGAGCACAAGGCACAGCCUAGACAGCAGUACCACCAAGACCUCUCCUCUGUUGUCCCACAUGCAGAAAAGACGGGAAGAGAUCAGGAAGACCGACUUGUCCGCCACGGACUCUGUGAUCGCUACCAAAGGACGGUCCAAACUUGGCCUGAGCUUGUCCCUGGAUUAUGAGAGGGCUGCUAGCUUGACUUCCAAGGGCCUCCGGGGUGACGGAGGCCCGUAUUAUCGUGUCACGACACGGAGCGUCACGGUCACCGAAGGAAAGCACGCCAAAAUGAGCUGCUAUGUUACCGGAGAACCCAAGCCGGAGACGGUUUGGAAGAAGGACGGCGAGGUUAUCCUCGAAAGUCGGAGGCACAUCAUCUAUGAGGAUGAGCAGGAGAAUUUUGUGCUGAAGAUCCUCUUCUGCAAGCAGGUCGAUAACGGCCUCUACACCUGCACAGCUUCUAACUUGGCAGGGCAGACCUACAGUUCUGUGCUGGUUACCGUCAAAGAACCAAGGAUUCCUUUCAAGACAAAACUACAAGAUUUGGAAGUUCGGGAAAAGGAGUCAGCGAGUUUCAUGUGUGAAGUGCCCCGUUCUGAGAUGGAAACCACGUGGUUCAGAGAGGAGACCAGACUUCAACAGAAUGAAAAAUACAAUAUCGAAGAACAAGGGACGUACCGGAAGCUCACGGUCCAAAAUGUGACCAUGGACGAUGACGCCGUCUAUAUUUGUGAGAUGAAAGAAGGUAGCAGAACCAUCGCAGAACUGAGUGUCCAAGGUAACAUCAUCAAGAAACUGCCGAGGAAGACCGCUGUCAGUAUAAAAGACACCGCAGUAUUCUGUGUGGAACUGGAAAAAAAAUGUCAGAAGUUCCGGUGGUUGAAGAAUAAGGAGGAAUUAAAGCCCAGCGCACGAACUUCCUUCACCUCCACGGACAAGGAGUGCAGCAUGAUCAUCCGAGACUGUCAGAUGGAAGAUGCAGGAGAAAUUGUGUUUGUGGCUGAUGAAUGUAGAACAUCUACCCAGUUUACUGUCUCUGCUCCGAAGAAGCCCCCAUCACAUCCUCCAACUGACCCAGUGGUGAAAAAUAAAACAGAAACCUCAGUGAUGUUAGCCUGGUCCCUUCUGAAGACGGACCGUCCUAUUCCUAUUGAUGGAUACCUCGUUGAACGUAAGAAGCUGACCGGAUUCACUUGGCUGAGGUGCCACGAAUCGCUGGUCCCCCAGACUGAAUUCACGGUAAACAACAUCACUGAAGAGGCUGACUAUCAGUUCCGAGUUUCAGCAGUCAACAAUUAUGGGCAAAGCGAUUACCUGGAAUUUCCUGGAAUCUGGCACCUUGAACCUACUCUGGCGGUGAAAAACCCUUUAAGAAAUAUUGAAGUCGCACCAGGAAGAGAUGCCGACUUCACUGUUGACCUCACUAUCCCUUGUCCCGGCUUGUGGUAUAUCAACGGCAACCUUGUUCAGAACAGCGACAAAUACAUAAUUACGAGAACCAAAACGAGCCACAGUCUAACCAUCAAGCGGGUCACGAGCGCCUUCAAAGAGGCCGAGGUGAAAUUUGUUGCCAAGGAUAUAGAAAGCACUGGAAAAGUCACCUUGAAAGAUGAAGUGGCAAAGUUUCUCAAUGAAUCGGCCCCUGGGAUUUCCGUCAACCUUCAUGAGAAGUUUGAACUGGUCUGUGAGGUAUCAUCGGCUACUGAUGGUGUCGUGUGGAAAAAGGGGAAGAAAGACAUCAAGCCGGACCAAAGGGUGACAUUUUCUGUUCAGGGAAAACAGCGAAAGCUUAUUGUCAAUAAUGCUGAAAAGGAAGAUGAAGGGGUGUAUACCUGCGAAUCAAAGGAUGACAGAUUAACCUUUCAAGUUGAGGUCAAAGAAGCUGAGGAGGUGUUUGUCAACAAGGAGAAGGUCCAGAAGGACAUCAAGGCUGUGGCUUCAGAGAACGUCUCUCUCAGCUGUGAGGUGGCCCAGGCCAAGACAGAAGUCAGAUGGUUCAAGGAUGGGAAACUGAUCACCGCCAGCAAGAAAUUCAAGGUAGAAGCAGAAGGCAGAUCCCGUCAUCUGGUUGUGCAGCAUGUGGAGAAGAAGGAUGCAGGGGAAUACACCUGUGAGGCAGAUGGCCAGAGACUCACCUUCAAAGUAGCUGUUGCAGAUAAAGAAGCUGAGGAGGUCUUUGCCAACAAAGAGAAGGUCCAGAAAGAGGUCGUGGCAAUUAUCUCAGCAAAUGCUUCAUUCAGCUGUGAGGUGGCCCAGGCUGAGACAGAAGUGAGGUGGUUCAAGGACGGGAAACUGAUCACCCCCGGCAAGAAAUUCAAGGUAGAAGCAGAAGGCAGAUCCCGGUGUCUGGUUGUGCAGAAGGUGGAGAAGAAGGAUGCAGGUGAAUACACCUGCGAAGCCAAUAGCCAGACACUGACCUUCAGAGUAACUGCAGCAGAUAAAGAAGCCAAGGAGGUGUUUGCCAACAAGGAGAAGGUCCAGAAGGACAUCAAGGCUGCUGCUUCAGAGAACGUCUCUCUCAGCUGUGAGGUGGCCCAGGCCAAGACAGAGGUCAGAUGGUUCAAGGACGGGAAACUGAUCACCGCCAGCAAGAAAUUCAAGGUAGAAGCAGAAGGCAGAUCCCGUUGCCUGGUUGUGCAGCAGGUGGAGAAGAAGGAUGCAGGCGAAUUCACCUGUGAGGCAGAUGGCCAGAAGCUGACCUUCAAAGUCACUGUUGAAGAAGCCGAGGAGGCGUUUGCCAACAAGGAGAAGGUCCAGAAGGACAUCAAGGCUGUGGCUUCAGAGAACGUCUCUCUCAGCUGUGAGGUGGCCCAGGCCAAGACAGAGGUCAGAUGGUUCAAGGAUGGGAAACUGAUCACCGCCAGCAAGAAAUUCAAGGUAGAAGCAGAAGGCAGAUCCCGUUGCCUGGUUAUGCAGCAGGUGGAGAAAAAAGAUGCAGGCGAAUACACCUGUGAGGCAGAUGGCCAGAAGCUGACCUUCAAAGUCAUGGUUGCAGAAGCUGAGGAGGUGUUUGUCAACAAGGAGAAGGUCCAGAAGGACAUCAAGGCUGUGGCUUCAGAGAACGUCUCUCUCAGCUGUGAGGUGGCCCAGGCCAAGACGGAAGUCAGAUGGUUCAAGGACGGGAAAUUGAUCACUGCCAGCAAGAAAUUCAAGGUAGAAGCUGAAGGCAGAUCCCGUCGUCUGGUUGUGCAGCAGGUGGAGAAGAAGGAUGCAGGAGAAUACACCUGUGAGGCAGAUGGCCAGAGACUCACCUUCAAAGUAACUGUUGCAGAUAGAGAAGCUAAGGAGGCGUUUGCCAACAAGGAGAAGGUCCAGAAGGACAUCAAGGCUGUGGCUUCAGAGAACGUCUCUCUCAGUUGUGAGGUGGCCCAGGCCAAGACAGAGGUCAGAUGGUUCAAGGAUGGGAAACUGAUCACCGCCAGCAAGAAAUUCAAGGUAGAAGCAGAAGGCAGAUCCCGUUGUCUGGUUGUGCAGCAGGUGGAGAAAAAAGAUGCAGGCGAAUACACCUGUGAAGCAGAUGGCCAGAAGCUGACCUUCAAAGUCAUGGUUGCAGAAGCCAAGGAGGUAUUUGCCAACAAGGAGAAGGUUCAGAAGGACAUCAAGGCUGUGGCUUCAGAGAACGUCUCUCUCAACUGUGAGGUGGCCCAGGCCAAGACAGAGGUCAAAUGGUUCAAGGAUGGAAAAUUGAUCACCGCCAACAAGAAAUACAAGGUAGAAGCAGAAGGCGGAUCCCGUCAUCUGGUUGUGCAACAGGUGGAGAAGAAGGAUGCAGGCAAAUACACCUGUGAGGCAGAUGGCCAGAAGCUGAACUUCAAAGUAACUGUUGCAGAUGCAAAAGCCGAGGAGGUGUUUGUCAACAAGGAGAAGGUCCAGAAGGACAUCAAGGCUGUGGCUUCAGAGAACGUCUCUCUCAGCUGUGAGGUGGCCAAGGCCAAGACAGAGAUCAAAUGGUUCAAGGAUGGGAAAUUGAUCACCGCCAGCAAGAAAUUCAAGGUAGAAGCAGAAGGCAGAUCCUGUUGCCUGGUUGUGCAGCAGGUGGAGAAAAAAGAUGCAGGGGAAUACACCUGUGAGGCAGAUGGCCAGAAACUGACCUUCAAAGUAGCUGUUGCAGAAGCCAAGGAGGUCUUUGCCAACAAAGAGAAGGUCCAGAAAGAGGUCAUGGCAAUUAUCUCAGCAAAUGCUUCAUUCAGCUGUGAGGUGGCCCAGGCUGAGACAGAAGUGAGGUGGUUCAAGGACGGGAAACCGAUCACCCCCGGCAAGAAAUUCAAGGUAGAAGCAGAAGGCAGAUCUCGUUGUCUGGUUGUGCAACAGGUGGAGAAGAAGGACGCAGGUGAAUACACCUGCGAAGCCAAUAGCCAGACACUGACCUUCAGAGUAACUGUUGCAGAAGCCAAGGAGGUGUUUGCCAACAAGGAGAAGGUCCAGAAGGACAUCAAGGCUGUUGCUUCAGGGAAUGCUUCUCUGAGCUGUGAGGUGGCCCAGGCCAAGACGGAAGUCAAAUGGUUCAAGGAUGGAAAAUUGAUCACCGCCAACAAGAAAUUCAAGGUAGAAGCAGAAGGCAGAUCCCGUCAUCUGGUUGUGCAACAGGUGGAAAAGAAAGAUGCAGGAGAAUACACCUGUGAAGCAGAUGGUCAGAGACUCACCUUCAAAGUAACCGUAACAGAAGCCGAGGAGAUGUUUGCCAACAAGGAGAAGGUCCAGAAGGACAUCAAGGCUGUGGCGUCAGAGAACGCCUCCCUCAGUUGCGAGGUGGCCCAGGCCAAGACGGAAGUCAAAUGGUUCAAGGAUGGAAAAUUGAUCACCGCCAGCAAGAAAUUCAAGGUAGAAGCAGAAGGCAGAUCCCGUCGUCUGGUUGUGCAGCAGGUGGAGAAGAAAGAUGCAGGAGAAUACACCUGUGAAGCUGGACAGCAGAAGUUGACCUACAAAGUCAUUGUUGAAGAGAUUCCUGAAAUAUUUACUAAUAUGGACAAAAUAAAGAAGGAGGUCAUGGCAGUCCUGAAAGAGAACACAGUUUUGGCCUGUGAGGUGGCUGCUGCUGACACUCAGGUGAAAUGGUACAAAGAUGGAAAACCCAUCACCAUCAGCAAAAACAUCAAGAUGGAGUCAGAUGGAACCACCCGGAAACUGCUCCUGGAGCAGGUGGCAACCAAGGACAUUGGAGAGUAUACCUGUGAAGCAGGUGGCCAGAAACUGACCUUCAAGGUUGAAGCAAUUGAACCGGAGGUCAAAUUCCAAAGAAAAGCUGCUCAGGAGGAGACAAUUGUCACUCAGGAGCACAAGAAUGCCACCCUCUCCACUUUGGUAGAACCUGAUGAUGCGGAGGUCAAAUGGUUCAAGGAUGGAGUUGAGAUCAAAGACGGCAAGAAAUAUGAGGUGAAGAAAGAGAAGGCUGCUAGGACCUUGACUGUGAAAAUGGCUGAAGCCAAAGAUGCUGGUGUGUAUACCUGUGAGAUCAAGAAUGAUAAGCAGCAGUUCCGGCUGAAAGUGCAAGAAAUACCGGUGAAGUUUGCCAAGAAGCUGGAGCCAGUGAAAGCUGAGAUCGGAAGGACCCUGAGUUUGAGUUGUGAACUCAGCCAGCCCGAAGGCGCGGUUGUCUGGCGCAAGGACGGAGUGGAACUCAAAGCUAGCAAGCGCUACCAGAUGCAAGAGAUCGGUGCAAAACGGGUGCUGGUCAUCACAGGCCUGCGGGCUGAAGACAAGGGAGAUUAUUGCUGUGAGACAAGAAAUGACCAGUGUACCAUGCAAGUCACCCCUGCAGCCCCUCGCAUUGUGAAGUUUGUCAAAGGCCUCUCCAAAAUCACAGCAGAAGAAGGCGGGGAGGCUGUUUUCAAGUGCACCGUCUCCCCCAGCGAUGCAGCCGUCACGUGGAGCCACCGCGGAGCCAAAAUCGAAGCCAGUAAGAAAUACAUCAUUUCUCAUCAGGACAUCAAUCACAGUCUCACCGUCACUGACCUGACCCUCCAAGACACCGGUGAAAUCACAGCUGAAGCCGAAGGAGCAGACAGCAAAGCCCACCUGAAAGUGGAAGAAGUGCCGGUGUUAUUCCUGAAGAAGCUGGAGGCAAAAGCCGUGGAGGAGAAGCAGAUGGUGGUCCUAGAAGUAGGGCUGUCCAAGCCAACCGCAGAGGUGAAAUGGGCGAAGAACGGGAGUGUGCUUCACCCAACUGCCAACAUGGAGAUCAAGGCCCAGGGGACCAAGCACAGCCUGGUGAUUAAGAGCGCGGCAUGCGAUGACCGCGGGUUUUAUUCGUGUGAAACUCUCCACGACAAGACGCAAGCCAAAGUCACGGUAGAAAUGAGACCCAUCAAGUUGAUCAAAGGACUGCAGCCAACAGAUGUUCAUGAAAAGGAAUCUGUCACCUUUGAGGUGGAACUGUCCCACGAAAAUGUGGAAGCCAUUUGGAUGAAGGAUGGUCUGCGUCUCAAAUCGCAGGACAACUGCCAUAUAAUCGUCCAAGGGAAGAAGCAUUCGCUGACCCUUUCUUCCCUGACGCUUGAGGACUCAGGUCUUAUUUCUUUCAAGGCCGAAGGUAUUCACACGACAGGCAGGCUUAAUGUGAAAGAAUCCCCAGUGAAAAUCAUCACGCCUUUAGGAGAUCUCAGAGUUCAGAACAAGGAUGACGUAACCCUGGAGUGCGAGCUUUCCAGGCCUAAUGCAGAAGUCAGGUGGCGCAAGAACGGAGUGGAGAUACGGCCCAAUAAAAAGAUGGAAAUCGUUUCCAGAGGGACGAAGCGAAGCCUCACAAUUCACAAAUGUGAAUACGAAGACCAAGGGACGUACAUGUGUGAUGCUGUGGACGACAAGAGCUCGGCUGUUUUGGAGAUUUAUGCCCGGGACAUCAAGAUUGUGAAACCUUUGGAAGAUAUGGAAGUGAAUGAAAAAGAGCCUGCUUCUUUUCUCUGUGAGAUUUCGCAUGAUGACGUCCAAACACUGUGGUUCAGUAAUGAGAACAAAAUCCGGGCUGGAGAGAACAUCAAGCUACGUCAGGAAGGGAAAAGCCACACGCUUGUCUACCGAAGCGUGGAGAUGCAGGAUUCUGCAGAGAUCAAAUUUGUGGCCGAAGUUGCAGAAUCCCGAGCUCAGCUUCAAGUAAAAGAACUGCCCGUAAAGAUAGUUAAACCCCUCCGUGUGAAGAUUGCCAUUGAAAGACACCGGGGGUUCAUGGAAUGCCAAGUCUCUCGUCCAAAUGCUGCGGUCAAGUGGUUCAAGGGAGACCAUGAAAUCCAUCCAAGCCAGAAGUAUGAGAUGGUGAGCGAGGGGAUCUACCGAAAACUAGUAAUCAACGAGACGGAGUUUGAGGAUGAAGGCAUUUACACCUGUGAUGCCGUUGAUGACAAAAGCAGCGCCCAGUUCUACGUGGAAGAACAAUCCAUCAACAUCGUGAAGGAGCUGAGAGAUGUUGAGGUGACCGAACCAGCAGAAGCCAGGUUUGAGUGUGAAAUCUCCAUUCAGUCAGUGAAGCCCCCCAAAUGGUCUCUUCGUGGUGAACUGCUGAAGGAUGGCCCAAAUGUCAUCAUAGAACAAGAGGGGAGAAUCCACCAGCUGGUCCUGAGGAAGACCAAUGUAGCGAUGACAGGCACCGUCCAGUUUGCCAUUGGCAAAUCCAAAUCCUUGGCAGAUCUAGUGGUCAAAGAAAUUCCCGUGGUCUUCACCAGGCCACUAGAAGACAAGACUGUCCUGGAAACCCAUUCCGUGGUCCUCUCUUGCGACUUCAAGCCAUCCCCCAAAGAGGUUGAGUGGUACAGGAACCAUACCCUCCUGGAACCUUCUGAGAAAUUUAAGUUCAAGAGGGAAAAAUUCACAGCUGAGCUUAAAAUCCUGAGGCUGACUGUUGGGGAUUCUGGAGUUUACAGAUGUAAAGCUGGAAGCGCAGAGACGAAAGCCACGUUGACCAUUUUGGAACGCAAAGUGGAGAUCACCAAACAUCUGCAGGACAUGGAAGUCGAUGAAGAGGGCUGUGCCGCCUUUUCCUGCGAGUUGUCUGAAGACAGCGAGGAGGUUGAAUGGUUCCUCAAUGACACCCACCUCUUCCCAAACAACUUCAAUGAGAUAAAGCAGUUGGGCAAGUCCCACAGCCUGACCCUCAAGCACGUCAUGCCAGAAGACAGUGGGACGGUGACAAUCAAGGUCCAGAAGAAAGUCUCCGAAAGUGCCCGGUUGAAGGUGAAAGAGAAGCCCGCCGUCUUCAUGAAAUCUUUGGACGAUGUGGUUGCGGAGGAGCAAAGCACCGUCAAGCUGGAGUGCGAAGUCUCGAAGCCGAAGGUUAAGCCUGUGUGGAAAAAGGAAGGGGUGGAACUCACCCCGGGAGACAAAUAUGAGAUGCUGCAGUCUGGGAAGGCUCUGGGGCUCAUCAUCCGGGAUCUCAGCAAGGACGACGCAGGAUGGUACACCUGUGAUCUUGGCACGGAUGUCGCCAAGUCUAAAGUCAUCAUUCAAGAGCUUAAUAUUGGCAUUACAAAGCGUCUAAAGAGCGUUGAAGUCCAAGAAGGGGAGAGUUGUAGCUUUGAAUGCAUUCUCUCCCAUGAGAGUGUGGAAGGUUGCCGAUGGCUUAUCAAUGGGAAUGAGGUGGGCCAGGAUGCACGGUUCAAAGCCUUCAACAGAGGCAGAAAAUAUACCCUCACAAUCAAGAAAACCCUUGUUUCUGAUGCCGGGGAGGUGUUGUUUUCCAUCCAUGACUUAAAAUCCAAAGCAUCUCUUGUUGUGAAAGAAAAACCAGCAGAAUUCAUAAGAGGCCUGGAGGACAAGUCAACUUCCAUAGGACAGGAAGUUAGCCUGAGCUGUGACUUGUCAAGAUGGGAUAACAACCUGAAGUGGAAGAAGGAUGGCAAAGAGAUUCGGAGAAGCCAAAAAUAUGAUCUGCAUCAGGAAGGAACACGGGCAAUAUUAAUAAUCCAUGACGCCACAGUUAAAGAUAGUGGGGAAUAUACCUGUGAGACAGAACUCUCCAGAACAAGAGCGACACUGUCUGUGGAAGAAGCUGGGAACUGCUUCAUCAAGGACCUUUCAGACCUGAAGCUGGAGGAGAACAAAAAUGCUGUCCUUACAUGUGAAACCAAGAAGCCAGCUUCUACUGUGACCUGGAGGAAAGGCAUUGUUGACCUUCAAGCGAGCCAGAAAUACGAGAUGAGCCAAAAAGGGACCACCCUGCAACUCACCGUGAAUGAACUAAAAGAGAAAGACAGUGAUAUCUACACCUGUGACAUUGGCGACAGCCAAUCCAGUGCAAAGCUGGUGGUACAAGCCCCGCCUGUACUUUUUAAGCAAGAGCUGCAGAACAGGGAAACGAAGGAAGGGAAUAAGGUCCGCCUUACCUGUGAGCUUAACAAACCAGAUCUGCCUGUGCAGUGGAUGAAGGGAAAUGUAGUUCUGGAAGCAGGUGACAAAUACGAAUUCAAGCAGCGUGGUCCCGUGGCCGAGCUUGUCAUUCGGGAUGCAAAGCCAUCGGAUGCGGGGGAGUAUAUUUGCAAAAGUGGAGAGCUGAAGACCUCUGCCCAAGUAGAGGUGACAGCUGCACCCAUCCUUUUUAAGGAAGAGCUUAAGGAUAUGGAAAAGAAAGAGGGGGAGACUGUAGCUUUGCGCUGCGUCCUCACCACGCCGGAGGUAGCUGUGGCAUGGAAGAAGGGAACAACUCUCCUUCGGGCAUGUGAGAAGUAUGAGAUCAAGCAGGAAGGCUGUGUGGCUGAACUGCUGAUUCAUCACGCACAGCCAGAGGAUGCAGGGAAAUACAUUUGCAAUAUGGGAGAGCAGCAGAGCACGGCUCAGAUCAAAGUCCAUGCUACGCCAAUCAGUUUUAAAGACACACUGAAGAACACAGAAGCCAGGGAAGGCGGAGUAGCUACUCUCCGUUGUGAACUGAAUAAACCUGCUCCAGUGGAGUGGAUGAAAGGACAGAAAGGUUUACGGCCGAGCAGCAAGUACCGAAUGAAGAAAGAAGGUGCCACUGUUGAGCUGACAAUCCAUGAUCUGGACCUGAAGGACGCUGGAGAUUACACCUGCAUCUCUGGAGAUCAAAAGACGACCGCAGUCUUAACCGUGAAUGCCUUGGCAGCGCAUUUCAAAACUCCACUGAAAAACCAGGAAGUGACUGAAAGUGGUACUGCCACACUGCAUUGUGAGUUGACCAAGGCUGUGGAUUCUGUUGUGUGGAUGAAGGAUGAAAAGGUACUGACACCAAGUGACAAAUACAGAAUGAGGCUAGAAGGUCGCUUCGCUGAGCUAUCCAUCGAAGAUCUGGAGGUGGCAGAUGCUGGAAGUUAUACCUGCGUGUGUGCGGAUGAGAAGACCAAAGCGACUUUGAAAGUGAAUGCACUGCCCGUGUUUUUCCAAGAAGAGUUAAAAAGCAAGGAAGUGACAGAGGGAGAAUCAGUGACGCUGCACUGUAAGCUGAGCAAGGCAGCUCCUGUGGAAUGGUACAAGGGACCGAGGGCGCUGAAACCGGAUGGAAAAUUCCAACUAAAACAGGAAGGUCCUUGUGCUGAGCUGGUGAUCCAGGACCUGGAUGUCACUGAUUCUGGAGAUUACACCUGCAAAUGUGGAGGGCAGAAGACUACAGCUAGACUCACCAUAAAUGCCCUGCCGGUCCUUUUCAACAAACCCUUGAAGGAUGAAGAAGCUACGGAGGGCAAAGUUGCCAUUCUUCAGUGUGAGCUGAACAAACCUUCUGCCCCCAUAGAGUGGAAGAAAGGGCACAAGAUCCUUAAACCAGGAAGCAAGUACAAAAUGAAACGUGAAGGGAGAGUUGCUGAACUACUCAUCCAAAACUUGGAAGUAACCGAUUCUGGAAACUAUAGUUGUACAUCUGGAGAACAGCAAACGGCGGCAACUUUAGAAGUCAAGGCUGUGCCCAUUCUUUUCAAAGAAGGGCUGAAGAAUCGAGAAGCUGUUGAAGAUGCCACAGCCACUCUCCGUUGUGAAAUGACCAAAGCUGGGGCUGAGGUACAGUGGAAAAAAGGAUCACAAACCCUUAAGUCAAGUGAUAAGUGCAGAAUGAGGCAGGAAGGCCCUGUAGCUGAACUGUUGAUUCGAGAUUUGCAAGUGGAGGACACAGGAGAUUAUUCCUGUGUGUGUGGAGAGCAGAAGACCACAGCCGUCUUGACCGUUCAUGCUCUGCCUGUGCACUUCCAAGAAGAACUUACAAGCCAAGAGGUCUUGGAAGGAAGAGCAGCCGUGCUGCGCUGUGCCUUAAGUAAAGCUGCUCCGGUGGAUUGGCAGAAAGGGACACAGAUGCUCCAGCCAAGUGCCAAGUACAAAAUCAAACAGAAGGAAAAUGUUGCUGAGCUCACAAUCCAGGACGUCACUGAACAGGAUGCGGGAGAGUAUUCCUGCGUCUGUGGGGAUCAAACCACAUCGUCCUCUGUAACUGUGCAGGCCUUACCUCCACGUUUCAAAGUAGAGCUGAAGAACCUGGAAGCUGCAGAAGAUGGAGCAGCCACCCUGUGGUGUGAACUGACCAAAGCUUCUGCUCCUGUGGAGUGGUGGAAGGGCAGUGAGAUGCUUAAGCCAAGUGACAAAUAUGAAAUGAAACUGGAAGGUGUUGUGGCUGAACUUGUUGUUCACAGCUUGCAACUCGCAGAUACUGGUGAUUACAGCUGCACCGUUGGUGAUGCGAAGACUUCAGCUUUCUUAAGGGUGAAUGCCAUCCCUGCCCACUUCAAGAAGGGUCUGGAAGACAAAGAGGCUUCAGAAGGUGGAACUGUUGUUUUCCAGUGUGAGCUGACAAAAGCAGCUUCUGUGGAGUGGAGAAAGAAGCACAAGACACUCCGAGCAAAUGGCAAAUACAACAUAAAGCAGGAAGGUCCUGUGUUAGAGUGUGUGAUCCUCAACCUGGAACUUAGAGAUGCUGGAGAAUACUCCUGUGUAUGCGGUGAUCAGAAAACAACUGCGGCUUUGGCAGUACAUGCCCUACCUCCCCAGUUCAAACUGGAACUGAAGGAUGUGGGAGCCACUGAAAACGGAACAGCAACAUUGCGUUGCGAGCUCACCAAAGCUGCUCCAGUGGAAUGGAUGAAGGAAGAAAAAAAAAUAAAAGGAGGUGACAAAUACCAAUUAAGACAGGAAGCGGCUGUUGCAGAGUUGGUGAUACAUGAUUUAGAUGUUGAGGAUGCCGGAUGUUACACCUGUAAAUGCGGAGACCAGAGAACUUCAGCUAUCUUGACUGUUAACGCCCUCAAGCCAGAAUUCACACGGCAGCUGAAGAAUGAGAAGGCAGAAGAGGGCGGCACAGCCAGAUUACGCUGUGAGGUCACGGUUGCUAAAGCCCCAGUGGAAUGGCGUAAAGAUGGUACAACACUUCACGCUAGUCCCAAAUAUGAAAUGAGACAGGAUGGUGGCAUCCAUGACUUACUCAUUCACAACUUGGAGCCCAAAGACAGCGGAGAGUAUUCUUGUAGCACUGGAGACCAAACCACAUUUGCCACGUUAUCUGUGAAAGAACUGGACAUCACCAUCAUCCGGGGGCUGAAAAACAUCGAGGUAUUUGAAGAGGAAGAUGCAGCCUUUGAGUGCAAAGUUUCCCAUGACAAUGCAAGGGAUGUAGAGUGGAAGUUGCAGGAUUUGCCCCUUCAGAGCAAUGAGAUGAACGAGAUCUCGGUUGAGAAAGGUGGGGUCCACAAGCUGACACUACAGAAAGUCACCCAGCAGGAUUCUGGCACAAUCACCUUCCGGGUGGGACCAUAUACCUCCACGGCAGAGCUCAGAGUGAAGGCACCACUUCCUGUCUUUAAACAAGAGCUAACUGACACAGAAUUGCAAGAAGGUAGCACGGCUUUCCUAAAAUGUGAAGUCUCUCAGCCCAACAUCUCAGUGAUAUGGAAAAAGGGCUCCGAAAUCAUUGCUCCAAGCUCCAAGUAUGAAAUCAGUCAGGAGGGAACCACCCAUAUUUUAAAGAUUUAUCAUUUAGACCCAGCGGAUUCUGGAAAGUAUACCUGUGACAUCGGUCACCAGAAAAGCACAGCAACUCUAUCAGUGGAAGCCCUUCCAGCCCUUUUUGAAAUCCAGCUGGAGAGCCAGGAAGUCAGUGAAGGGGCGACGAUCACCCUUGCCGCAGCGCUCACUAAACCCGACGUGCCCAUCCAGUGGACAAAAGGCUCUACCAGACUGCGGCCAAGUCACAAGUAUGAGAUGAGGCAAAAGGCAUCCUCUGUUGAGCUGCUCAUCCAUGAUGCCCAACUGGAGGAUUCUGGCGAUUACACCUGUGACACCGGGGAUCAGCAAACCACAGCAUCUGUGCUUGUCAAAGCUUUGCCAGUGCAUUUCAUCAAGCUGCUUGAAAAUCAGGAGGCGGAAGAGGGCAGCACUGUCACCUUGAGCUGCGAAACCUCCAGAAGGGAUGCCACUGUGCAGUGGAAAAAGCAAGGAUCACUGCUACAUUCUGGAGACAAGUACAAACUGAAGCAAGUGGGUGCUGUGGCAGAACUGACUAUUUGCAAGCUAAAUUCUGCAGACGCUGGGGACUACUCCUGUGAAACCGUGGACCAGAAGACCACUGCUUCUCUGCUGGUGAAAGAAGCACCGGCUACCAUCAAAGAAGCACUGAAAGAUCUCACCCUUACUGAAGGAGAGGAUGCUGUGUUUCACUGUGUAGUUUCUCGGGAGAAGGCGAAAGAUGUGCAGUGGAGUUUGGCAGGCGUGCCUCUCCAGUCCAAUGAAAUGAAUGAUAUUGGAGUUCAAGGGAAAACUCACACCCUCAUUCUCCGAAAAGUCACUCUCGAAGACUCUGGCACCAUCAGUUUCCGAGCUGGUCAGAAUUCAACUGAGGCUCAGUUGUUGGUGCAAGCUGCACCAAUAAUCUUCUUAAAAGAGCUGGAGAAUGCAGAAGUAGCUGAAGAUGGCAUGGCAACCUUCUGCUGUGAGAUUUCCAAACCUGGGAUCCCAGUGGAGUGGAGAAAGGGAUCAUCCAUACUCCAGCCCAGCCAGAAGUUUGAAGUCACGGUAGAAGGCACUGCCUACAUUUUGACCAUCCAUGAUGUAGUCCCUGAAGACUCAGGAGAAUAUAGCUGUAGCACAGCUGGCAAGAAAAGCACUGCCAGGCUUAAAGUUAAAGCUCUUCCUGUGCUCUUCAAACGGGGCCUGCAAAACAAGGAGGUUGAAGUAGGAAACACGGUGUCUUUGUGCUGCGAGUUGUCCAAGCCCAUGGCUCCUGUGGUGUGGAAGAAAGGGAACGUGAAGCUUCAGUCUAGUGAGAAGUAUGAGUUCAGACAAGAAGGGAACUUUGCAGAGCUUCUCAUUUAUGAUUUGGAAGUUCAGGAUGAUGGGGACUAUACCUGUGAUUCAGGAGACCAGCAGACAACUGCCACAGUGAAGGUCAAAGUGUUGCCCGUUCUCUUUGAAGAAGAGUUACAAAAUGUGGAGUCGGAAACCGGGGGGAAGGCUGUCCUGUGCGGCAAGAUCUCGAGUCCUGAUGCUCCCAUUGAGUGGCGGAAAGGGUCCCUCCUUCUGCAGCCCAGCACCAAGUAUGAGAUGAAUCAGAGAGGCACCACGGUUGAGCUGAUCAUCCAUGAUGUGGAACCUGAGGAUUGUGCCUCCUACACUUGCAGUACGGGAGAUGAACUGUCCACAGGAUCGGUUUAUGUACAAGAAGAAGAGGAAAUGCAGAUAGUUUCUGGUUUAAAGAACACAGAUGUUUUUGCCGGUGAAUCAGCUACUUUUACCUGCAAGCUCUCCCGGUCCGGAAUGCAAAAUGUACAGUGGUGGUUGGAUGGCUCCCCUCUUCACAACAGCCCUAUGAAUGAAAUCUCUGUGCAAGAUGGGAGAAUUCACACUCUGACCUUAAAAGACUUGGGUCCCGAUGAUUCAGGAACUGUGACCUUCCGGGCAGGCCCUCACAUAUCCUCGGCUAAAUUAUUAAUCAAAGAUCCAACCAUCGAGGUGGUCAGUCCCAUGCAGGACAUAACUGUUGAGGAAGACGGCACAGCAGAAUUCAUCUGCCAGUAUUCUCGGCCAGUGCAGGCCAUCUGGAAGAAGAACGACCAGCCUUUUGGGGCAGAUGACCAGCGAGUUGUGAUUGAGCAGGACUGGAACGUGGCCAAACUGAAAAUUAAGCCUGCUCUUCCUGGGGACACUGGGAUUUAUUCUUGUGAAGCUGGAGGCACCAAAGUGGUGGCUAUGCUUGAUGUGCAAGCCAAGAACACAGUCAUCCAGGGCCUGGAGAAUGUUGAUGCCAUGGAAGGAGGAGAAGCUCUGUUUGAGUGCUAUCUUUCCAAGCCAGAAUGCUACAAUUAUAACUGGCUGAUCGAUGAUGUGCCGGCAAAAACUGCUGAAAACGUUGAGAUGGUUUAUUUUGAAAAUGGGCUCCGUCAUCUUCUUCUUCUGAAGAACCUCAAAGUUCAGGACAGCUGCAGGGUGACUUUCCAGGCUAGUGAUGUGGUGACAUCUGCCUUCUUGACUGUAAAAGGAUGGCGGCUGGAAUUCUUGCAGCCGCUGCCAGAUGUCACAGUCCCUGCUGGGGAGCAAGCUGUCUUCAGUUGUGUGUUAAGUGAAGCCGUACCUGUCCACGAGGUUGCUUGGUAUAUUAAUGACAUAGAUAUCCAACCAGAUGAAAACUGGGGAAUUGAAGCAGAAGGAAAGACAUACAGACUCAUACUGAAGAAAGCUGAACUCUGCCACUGUGGAGAGAUAACUUUUGCUGCCAGAGAUGCUAUUCUUUCUGCCAAACUAACAGUCCUAGAACCUGUUGCAGUCACUCGACCUUUGGUUGACAAGUCUGCUACAGAAGGAGAGAAGGCCAGCUUACAGUGUGAAUUGUCCAGUGAGGCCCAAGAGGUGGUUUGGGUCAAAGGGAAAGAACCAAUCCAACCUGGGGGAAGAUACGAAAUCGUCUCUGAAGGCAAAAAACAGACACUCAUCAUACAUGAUUUUAAAUCUGAAGAUCAGGGGUGGUACACCUGCAUCGCUUCUCCUGAAAUCAGAACAUCUGCCAAUCUUUCUAUUGAAGUUUCCCCAGUGUCGGUGCCAAAAGAGGCUGCCGAGGAAGCACCAGGUGCAGAGGAACCAAGCAAGGUAGCUGAGGAAGAGGUCCAACCCAGCUUGCCCCCGGAAGCUGCUCUUGAAGGUGACCUCCACCUUUUGUGGGAAGCUCUUGCCAAGAAGCGGAGGAUGAGUCGGGAGCCAACCCUGGAUUCGAUCAGCGAGCUGCCUGAAGUAGAUGACAAACUUCAGAAACGGAAGAAGGAGGAAGCUGAGGUAACCCAGUACUACUCGGAGGAAUAUUCUACGUGUGACGAAUCGGCAAAGGCUGGAGAAGCAGACCUUUCCGUUACGAGUUCGGAUGACGAAUCCCAGGCGGGAACACCUUCCUUGAUCAAGUACCUGAAGAAGGCUGGGUCAUUGACUGUUAGCAUCAGUAGCAAAGCCCAGGCCUCCGCAGAGGAAGUCCCUCGAGAGUGGGAGAAGGCAGCCGGCGAGCCACCUCCUCCUGCUAAGCAAGCCGAAAUGGAGAUAGCAGAAGGAGACUUGGAUGACCCUUCCGUGUCCCAAGCUGCUGUGAAAAUCCAAGCUGCUUUCAAAGGGUACAAAGUGAGGAAGGAAAUCAAGCAGCAGGAACGCCCAGUCUUUGUCGAAACCUUCAAGGACUUCACUGGCAAGGCAGGAGACACCCUCCAUUUGGAAUGUGUGGCCCACAGCAAAACUGACAUGAAGGUCAGCUGGCUGAAAGAUGGGAGUGAAAUUUUGGAUGGGCGGCAUUACCACAUAGACAGUUACAGUGAUGGAACAUGCUCCUUGAUCCUUGCUGGCCUUGACAUGAGCGACAUGGGCAAGUAUACUUGUGAAGCAUCCAAUAAAUUUGGUAAGGCCUCCCAGAGCGCCAGGGUGACCGUCCAACCCCAGGCACCAUCCCGCAAGCAAAGACCUGCCCAGAAGCUUCCCGAGAGCGAAUCGGAAAGCUCCUCUGGCAGCGAGUUGGAUGAUGCCUUCCGUAAAGCUGGAAGGAGGCUACACAAGCUGUUCAAGUCAAAAAUUUCCACAGAGAUCUCAGAUGUGGAAGAGGAGCUUUUUGUCAGUGCCGAUGAGGGAGAGAUAGAGGCAGUGGAUCAUCAGGCCUACCGUGAAGAUGAACGCUACAUCUAUAUCAAGUUCGAAGUUCGCUCCGAGGCCAAAACAGCUGCUGGCCGAUUUCGGGAGAUGUUUGCUGCUAUGGGCAUUCCCGUUGAGAUUGACAUUUUGGACCAGGGUCCGAAAAAGAUAGAGUUGCGUAUUGGGAAAGCCACCUCACCUCCUCCAGGACAGUUGCGGACCUUGGUUCAACGACCACCACCUCCUUUGCUAACAUCUGAUACCGCUCCUGUCUUCAUAACUGAGCUUCAAAACCAAGAGGUACAGGAUGGUUACCCAGUCAGUUUUGACUGUGUUGUUAUCGGCAAGCCAAUGCCUACUGUUCGGUGGUUUAAGGAUGGCCGAGUUAUUGAAGAGGAUGACCACUUCAUGGUCAAUGAGGAUCAGGAAGGAUGUCAUCAGUUGAUCAUCACUGCUGUGGUCCCUCUUGACAUGGGUGUCUACCGUUGCCUGGCUGAAAACAGCAUGGGGGUGUCUUCAACGAAAGCUGAGCUGCGAGUAGACUUAACCAGCACCGACUAUGAUACAGCAGGAGAUGCAACAGAGACCUCAUCGUACUACAGUGCCAAAGGUUAUCUCUCCAGCCGGGAACAAGAAGGAGUGGAAUCCACAACAGAAGAGGAACAGCUGCCCCAAAUCAUGGAUGAACUUCAUGAUAUUCAUGUAGUACCUGGAGCUCCUGGAGCCAAAUUCCAUUUAAAGGUGAAAGGUUUCCCAGAGCCACGUCUCUACUGGUUCAAAGAUGGUCAGCCAUUGCAUACAACCGAUCGACUCCGAAAGACAGACACCCAAGAGUUUCACGCUCUUGAAGUUCUCAAUGUCACCAAGGAGGACGAUGGCCAGUACUCAGUAUUCAUCACCAACUCUGCUGGUUCUGCAUAUUCAGCAGCCAGACUCCUGGUCACAGGAGCUGGUGAGGAUGGAAAAGCAAAAACAGACAUUCAUGAACAGCUAAUGCCACCAAGAUUCCUGGAAAGAUUUACCAACAAGAAAGUGAGGAGUGGUGUCAGCAUCACCCUUUCAGUGAAGGUGGAAGGGACCCCACCACCCUCAGUAACAUGGUUGAAGGAAGAAUCCCAAGGAGAAGACAUCCUCUGGAUCAAGUCAGACACUCCAGGUUAUAAACUGGCCAGUUCCAACAUGCAUCAUAGCCUCAUCUUAUUGGAUGUGGAAAAGACAUAUAGUGGAAACUAUACUUGCAUCGCCUCCAAUCAGGCUGGUCAAUCUAUCUGCAGUGCCUCACUAGAAGUCUUGGAUGUGAAAGAGGCUGAAUCUCUGACUCAGGAGCGUGUGAUGGUAACAGAGGCCAUCAUGGCAUCAAUUGGGUAUGAAGACAGCAAAGGGAAACAAGACCAUGGGGAGCACAUGGAAGGUGAAACAGUUCAGGGCCACAUUUCUCUCGCCAAAGUGGGGACUGAGGAAUUUCUCCAGAAACUGACAUCGCAGAUCACGGAAAUGGUGUCUGCAAAGAUAAGUCAAGCUUCCCUUCAAGUUCCUGGAGCUGAUAGCGACGAUGAAUCAAAGACACCAUCGGCAUCUCCACGGCAUGGCAGAUCCAGGCCUUCCUCGACUGUUCAGGAAUCUUCCUCUGAAUCUGAUGAAGGGGAUGCAAGGGGAGAGAUUUUUGACAUCUACAUGGUAAUUGCUGACUAUACCCCAAUGGGUGCUGACCGUGAAACCAUCACUCUGAAGGAAGGACAAUAUGUGGAGGUCCUAGACUCUGCUCAUCCUCUGAAGUGGUUGGUCAGGACCAAACCCACCAAGUCAAGCCCAUCCAGACAAGGUUGGGUUUCUCCAGCCUACUUGGAUAAGAAGUUAAAGCUCUCUGCUGAGUGGGGUAUCCCAGAUAUUCCAGAGUUCCCAGGAGAAUCUGUUUCAGAGGAUGAAUAUAGAAAGAAAUUAAGCCUUAUCACCCAAGACUUGCUGCACGCAGAGGAGGAGUUUGUCAAAGAUUUGCAGUUCCUCCAAGCUCACCACAUCCAGUUCACGGAGACUUGCCCUGCUGUCCCCACUGCUGUGUCCAGCCAGAAGCUCGUCAUCUUCAGAAAUAUCACCGACAUAGUGCACUUUCAUUCCAACACCUUCUUCCCAGAGCUUCAGAAGUGUGACACUGAUGAUGAUGUGGCCAUGUGUUUCAUUAAAAAUGAAGGAGAAUUUGACAAAUACAUCCCAUACUUGGUGGGCCGCGUUCAAGCCGAGUCUAUUGUGGUCAGCAAAGUGGUUCAGGAGUUUUAUAAGCGAUACACAGAGGGAACAUUAGCCAGCGAGGAUCCUUCUCAGCCACCGAUACUUCCUCUGCAACACUAUCUAGAGAGACCAAUAAACCGGAUCCAGAAAUAUCAAACAGCAAUCAAGGAGAUGAUCCGAAACAAAGCAAGGAAUACUCAGAAUUGUGCCCUUCUGGAACAGGCUUAUGCAAUUGUCUCCGCGCUCAACAGACGAGCAGAAAACAAUCUUCACAUCUCUCUCAUAGAGAACUACCCAGGGACUCUGGAAAUAUUAGGGGAGCCCAUCCGCCAGGGGCAGUUCAUUGUGUGGGAAGGAGCUCCAGGGGCCCGCAUGGGUUGGAAGGGUCACAAGCGACACGUGUUCCUCUUCAGAAGCUACCUUCUCGUGUGCAAGCCAAAACGAGACACUAAGACAGAUACUUACAGCUACAUCUUCAAGAACAUGAUGAAGCUAUCACACAUCGAUGUUAAUGAUCUAGUUGAAGGAGAUGACCGGGCGUUUGAGAUUUGGCACGAACGGGAAGAUUCAGUCCGCAAGUACCUCUUCCAAGCUAGGACCGUCAUCAUCAAAAACUCAUGGGUGAAGGAAAUCUGUAGCAUCCAGCAACGUAUCAGUCUCCCUGUAUGGGAUCCACCAGAUUUUGAGGAGGAACUGGCCGACUGUACAGCUGAACUGGGUGAAACUGUCAAGUUAGCUUGCCGAGUCACAGGAACCCCCAAACCAGGUGUCACCUGGUAUAAAGAUGGGAAGCCGGUAGAAGGGGAUCUUCAUCACAUCAUCAUUGAAGAUCCAGAUGGCUCUUGCAGUUUGAUCCUUGACAACCUGACCGGAGUUGAUUCAGGGCAAUACCUGUGCUAUGCUGCUAGUCCAGCAGGCAGUGCCAGCACCCUUGGGAAAAUUCUUGUUCAAGUGCCUCCCCGAUUCCUGAACAAGAUGAAACACACCUAUUACGCUGACGGCGAAGACACACAGUUUACAUGCACCAUUGAAGGGGCGCCUUACCCACAAAUCAGGUGGUAUAAAGAUGGGAAUCUCCUCACCGAUCCAAACAAACACCAGAGCUUUAGUGAGCCACGAAGUGGCGUCAUUGUCCUGGUUAUCAAAAGUGCCUGCAAGGGCGAUGAAGGUUUCUAUGAAUGCGAACUGAUAAACAGGUUAGGGAUGGCAAAGGGUGGUGCCCAUCUUUAUCACCAGAGCGCAGCAGCCUUGGCUCAAGAGAAGAGACCAGAGCAAGCCAUUACAAUUGAAGUCACUGAACAAGAAACUAAGGUGCCCAAGAAAACCAUCAUCAUAGAGGAAACAAUCACCACGGUCGUGAAAAACCCAAGGACAAGGCAGAAGCUAUCUCCUGCCCAUCCACUGACAGGCUAUGCUCCUUCUCGCUCUCCGGGAUCAGAGUUUGCAACACCUGAGCCAAUUUAUGUGAGCAAGAUUAGACAGCCUGGUUCCAGGCAUGACACCGAGGCAAUGGGGAAGGCUGCCAUUCCUACUCGUUUUGUGACUGACCCUGAAGAGAGACAAGGGGUGGCAACCCGGAGUAUCACUGUAGAAACCACUCUGGAAGAACAGCAGCCUAAAUGGGUUGAAGUGGAAGAAAUAAUUGAAUUCAACGUUAAGAAGCUGACCCAGAUUCCAAGGAAGAGAGGUGCAUCUCCUGUGAGAUCAGAAAAGGAUGAAUCUGUGUCAGGUUAUGCUCGGCCUGGCGCCAGACCCAAGCAUUCCUCUGAAGAUGAUCCAAACAUGAAUAAUUCAAACAAUAAACGAGUUGAGCAGGCUGAAUCUUCUGUGUCCCAAGAUGUUAAAGUAUCUGGAGAUAACUACAAAGGAGGACCAAUGGACAACAAAAAUGAAAGCUCUUGUGUGGAGCUAGAAGGCAGGAGACAUCUACAUGAAUCCAGCAACCAGGCUGACUCAUCUGAGGCUUCCUCUCUGGGUGAAACGUUUGAAACAUCUGGGAUGGGCAUUCGGCUCACCCAUGUUGAGGAUUAUGCUGUUGAGGACCCCUUAGCCUCUACACAAGAUGAGGUUCUUCCAGAGAAAAAAGUUGUAAUAGAUGAACCAGUUCAAGGAGAACUACCUAAUCUUGGGAACCGAGAAGUCAAAAUCCUUACUCGUAAUGGGAAAGUGUUAACUUUAGAGGACCUUGAAGAUUAUGUCCCUAAAGAAGGAGAGACAUACAAAUGUGGCCAUCUUAAUUCUGAAGAAGACAAGCCUUCUGAAUUGCAGGAGCCUACUGGUAAAACUGAAGCAGAAAGCGACACAUUGUCCCGUCAAGCAGACACCACCCUCCGAGAUGAGAGCGUUUAUGAACAUACUGUUCCCCCUGCAAAGGUCCUCCAAAUGAUGGCUGAAGUGGAGUGGUUCAGGAGUGAAAGAGCAGAGGACAUCUCGGAUUUAGCAGGGGAAGCUCCUGAGCGCAUCGCAGAGAAACCCUGUGUAGAUAAAACAGGAGAAAAGAGUGCCACAAGUCCACCAUACAUGCAGGUGCCCCUUGAAGACGUCCAGGUUCGGUGUGGGGAAAUGGCCAAGUUCCACGCCAUCAUUGAAGGCAAUCCUCAGCCGGUUGUCGGAUGGUUUAAGGGUAUUUCCUUGUUGCUAGGCAGUGAAAGAAUCUACCAGUUCAACAAAGGCACAAGCUACUCUUUGAUCUUAUACAACACUCGAGCAGAAGAUGGUGGCGUCUACACUUGCAUGGCUAAAAAUAUGGGAGGCGAAGUUCUAUGCAAGGCGGAGCUUGUCGUGCAGGAAGACAAGAAAAGCCAAGAGGCAAAGAAGCGAAGCCCAAGAAGGAAACUUCAUUCUUUCUAUGAGGUUAAACAGGAAAUAGGCAGGGGUUCCUUCAGCAUUCUCAAGAAAGUUAUCCAUAAAGGCAACCGUGUGCCCUGUGCAGCCAAAUUCAUCCCCCUGCGAAGCCGAUCGAGGGAACAGGCCUAUCGGGAGAGAGAUAUUCUAGUCCAGCUCUCCCAUGACAGAAUCACCCAGCUGCUGGACCAGUUUGAAACACGGAAAACCUUAAUCCUUAUUUUGGAAUUAUGUUCCAAUGAAGAGCUUCUGGACCGCCUGUACAAGAAGAACAUGGUGACGGAAGCAGAGGUCAAAUUCUAUAUCAAACAGCUUCUAGAAGGGAUUCUGUAUCUUCACAAAAAUGAAAUACUACAUUUGGAUAUCAAGCCCUCAAACAUUUUGAUGGUUCACAAUGACAGGGAUGACAUUAAGAUCUGCGAUUUUGGCUUCUCUCAAAAGAUAAAUCCGUUUGAGCCUCAGUAUAGCACAUAUGGGUCUCCUGAGUUUGUCUCACCUGAAAUUCUCUCCCAGUCACCAGUGACAACAGCAUCUGACAUCUGGCCAGUUGGAGUUAUUUGCUAUUUAAGCUUGACGUGCAAAUCUCCAUUUGCUGGGGAAAAUGACCAAGCAACCCUGCUUAAUGUCCAGCAUGGGGUCAUUUCAAGGGAUAGCUCCGACUGGGAUCAUUUGAGCAAAGAAGCAAAGGAUUUUAUCUCAGAGAUACUUCAGCCAGCUCCAGGAACCAGACCAAGUGCUCUGGAGUGCCUGUCCCACACGUGGUUUGCUCACAACCCCUCUCCUGAAGAUGCUCAUUUUAUAGAUACGAAACAGCUCAAUUUUUUUGUAUCCCGAAGCAGAUGGCAGCGGUCUCUUAUGAGCUAUAAGUCGGUGCUUGUAAUGAGACCCAUCCCAGAAAUCCUGGAAAAGCGUCAUAAAAACACCUCUCUUGGCAUCUCCCGGCAGCUGGUAGAAGAAAGCAGUUCCUCCAGCACCAGUGGGUCAUCUUCAGACAAUGAAAUUUCAGUCUCCUCAGGAAGAAAACCAUUCGGUCCCAUUCCAGAACUUCAUUUAUCUGUGCUAGAGGGACCAGAUUAUCCAGAAUAUGAAGAAUUUGGAGCUGAAGUUAAAAUUCCUGAAGACGCCGUGCAACCAGCCAAAACCACAAGACUGAAAGAAACUUCAGCGAAGAGACAGCUGGAUGGACAGCCUGUGCAAGAACGAGAAGCAUCAGUGUACCAGGAGCCUGAGACACAUGGCAGAGGAUUGUUUGAGUUGGCUUCAUUGCAAGAUAAAGCUGGACUGUUGCUACCAGAAGAAGGCAGAAUGGAAAGAUCUCCAGGAUGUGUCCCGAGACACAGUGUCAUAAAAAGUACUUUUUACAGUCAACCAUCUGACAGUCUGACAGAUGUUCCCUCCUCCCCAGGGAAAGAGCAAAGAAAACAGCUAGAAAGAGCGAAGAGAUCUUACAGGAAAGCGGGAUAUUCGAAGUCCGCUCUAAGCGGCCUACGGGAACCCCUGCUAGAGCAGUUUGAAUUUGGCGGGGAAGGAGGAUCAUUAGCGGAUACAGAGUUUGGGAAGGGCAGAGAAGGAGGCAGUGGUCCCCUAAUGACUAAAUCAGCUUCUUUUGAUACUGCUCAGAAAUCACCAAAAGUUACUUUCCAAGUCUCCACCAGAAGCCGUUCUUUGGAUGACUACAGAAUAAGAGCUACAGGCUUUGCUGAGGAGCAGGGUAUUGCAGAAGAGGACAUGGACCUCAUUCCCCAGGGCAGUCUGGCAGAAGUAACUCAUCUAAGGGAUGGAAACUCCUCUGCAACAAGAACUAGGGAGGGUUUCUCUGAGGAGCAGCCAAUGUUAGUCAUACCUGAUGACAAGGAAGGCUCCAAUUUGAGCCUUCAGCAGCAAGAAAAGGCCUUGGUUUCAGCACAGGGCCCUGAAAAAGGUGAGGAUUUACUUCAGAAACAGAAGGCACCUCUUUUUGAGGGAAGGUCUCUUCAAGGCAGGGAAGACCUGAUUCUAGCUGCUCAGCAGACAGGUUUAGCUCCAGGGUUGGCCCCAAAAUGUGAAACUGAGGAGGGGCAGGCUUCCUUGUCUUCUACUCACAGGGAUACAGGAGCCAUUUUUCAGAAAGGAGAAAGCUCUAUUUUGAGAGGGACACAAUCAGAGACGACCAGCUUAGUGUCUCAGGACAGCAAGGAGGAAAAACUGUCCUAUGAGACAAAACCAAGUUCUCCCAAGAGUGAAGAAGGCCGUACACCUCAACAGGAGGAAAGCCUUCCUCUUCUGAAAUCUGUUCCUUUUCACAUCACUCAUGUUCAGGCAGAAAAACAACUUGCUGGUGCUCCAGACAAGAGUCCAAAAGGCCUGCAGACUGUGGCAGUGCAUGAAGGCCAUUCACCUGGGUAUCCAAAGCCUUUGGUUUACCCUGAAACACAAACAGUGGAGAGUAGAAGUUCAAGUUCUCCUGUUUUGCACACUGACAUUUCUGCCUCCUCUAUCCCUGUAGAGAAGGAGCAGCAAAUUCCAUCCCAGAAACCCUCAGGACUCAGCUUGGCUAAGUCAGCGAAGCUAGAGAAGAAAGACCUGGAGAAUUUAAAUAUUCCUGAAGCACAAAUGGCCUCAUCUUCAGUCUCUGGGGGUGCAAAACAGAAGCAUGUACAUCAGUUGCCCCUUGCACACACUGAAAGGAAGCUACCAGGAGCCACCUCCGUAUCCAUACUUCCUGGAGAAACCCAGAUGGCCUCACUUCCAAAGCCCUCCAUUUACCCAGAAGGAGAGCCUCUUCUCAAGGAAGUUCAGCGCUCUCCUCAACAAGCAGAAACCCUGACUUCUGCCUGUGAAAGUCGGGAUCGGGGGCACGGAAAGUCUCUGAAGACCAGUGAAUUUGCUUCAGUCAUCCCAAAGGGUCAAAGACCACAAGUCAAAACAGAUCUUACGUCGGUCUUUGAAGCUGAAAACCAGGAGCUCUACCACGACCUGCCAUCUGCUCCUAGUGAGGUCAAGUCAGCUAUCCCCAAGGGCCAAACACCCUCUCUAGCAGGCUUUUCUCAAGCAAAAAUGGCCCCAACUUCAGUCUCUGAGAGUGCAAAACAGAAGCAUUUUCAUCAACUGCCCCUUGCACACACUGAAAGGAAGCUACCUGUUGUAAAAGGUGAAGGUCCUGUUCAUCCAGAGAUGAUCCCCAUGGGAGAAAGCCAGCACCCUUCACGACAGGAGUCUUCUGUUUACAGCAGACCCCCUUCUAGUGCCCCGGGAAGCACUGCUUCCUUUAUUCAAGCAGCUUUCCAACCAGGAGCCACCUCUGUAUCCAUACUUCCUGGAGAAACCCAGAUGGCCUCACUUCCAAAGCCCUCCAUUUACCCAGAAGGAGAGCCUCUUCUCAAGGAAGUUCAGCACUCUCCUCAACAAGCAGAAACCCUGACUUCCGCCUGUGAAUGUCGGGAUCGGGGACACGGAAAGUCUCUGAAGACCAGUGAAUUUGCUUCAGUCAUCCCAAAGGGUCAAGGACCACAAGUCAAAACAGAUCUUACGUCGGUCUUUGAAGCUGAAAACCAGGAGCUCUACCACGACCUGCCAUCUGCUCCUAGUGAGGUCAAGUCAGCUAUCCCCAAGGGCCAAACACCCUCUCUAGCAGGCUUUUCUCAAGCAAAAAUGGCCCCAACUUCAGUCUCUGAGAGUGCAAAACAGAAGCAUUUUCAUCAACUGCCCCUUGCACACACUGAAAGGAAGCUACCUGUUGCAAAAGGUGAAGGUCCUGUUCAUCCAGAGAUGGUCCCCAUGGGAGAAAGCCAGCACCCUUCACGACAGGAGUCUUCUGUUUACAGCAGACCCCCUCCUAGUGCCCCGGGAAGCACUGCUUCCUUUAUUCAAGCAGCUUUCCAACCAGGAGCCACCUUCGUAUCCAUACUUCCUGGAGAAACCCAGAUGGCCUCACUUCCAAAGCCCUCCAUUUACCCAGAAGGAGAGCCUCUUCUCAAGGAAGUUCAGCGCCCUCCUCAACAAGCAGAAACCCUGACUUCCACCUCUGAAAGUCGGGACUGGGGGCAUGGAAAGUCUCUGAAGACCAGUGAAUUUGCUGCAGUCAUCCCAAAGGGUCAAAGGCCACAAGUCAAAACAGAUCUUACGUCGGUCUUUGAAGCUGAAAACUGGGAGCUCUACCACCACGUGCCAUCUGCUCCUAGUGAGGUCAAGUCAGCUAUCCCCAAGGGCCAAACACCCUCUCUAGCAGGCUUUUCUCAAGCAAAAGUGAGGCCUUUUUCAACCUCUGAGGAAAGAAUCCUCGUAACUGUAAAGAAAACACCAUAUUCCAUUGGAGAAGGAAGAAGCAAGGAGCACACGAUGCAUGAAAAGCUCUCUCUGUACAGCGACCCAGAGUCUCAAGCUCUGGAAAACUUAGCGGAGGAGAUGGCUUCCCUUUCUAAAGCAACACCUCCUUUGGCAGAGUCAGUCCCUGCUGCAGAAGGCUCAAAGAGACAUAUUGCACCACAAGGAGAGAUGUUUUAUCAAGAUUCACCUGGGCAAGCAGUAAGACCAAAAGGCAGGUAUCUUGUGCGCAGAGGAAAAAGAGAAGGAGGCAUUGGCCUAGCAGAUCCUACAGAAGCAGAUAUUAUAUAUCCUGGGGAAGAAGACUAUUUCAGUGCCCAGUCUCACCUGAGCAAGAAAGGCAGGAUGUCAUCUCCUUAUGAAGGCCAAGGCCGGGAUUAUACAGGUGCAGAAACAUCCACACCAUCUCUGUUUGAUAGAUUGUCCUACUAUGCUGGCCGCCAAGGAAGUAAUCGGAUGUAUGAAAUUGCCCUUGUGCAGAUCCAGGACCUCUCAGAGUUGCCUCGUCCUGAUAGCAAGACAGCAAAAUUUGAUAUCUCCGAAGUGGAGCCAGCCUUCCUCAACCUGCACGAACUCUAUGACAUUGUAUAUUCCCCAUUUGAGUUCCUUAGCUUCCGGAAAGCUCCUGAGAAGCUACCCAGCAAGAGGCAUUUGCCACCUGGAUUCAAACUUCAUUCUCAGCAGGAUAAAAAAAUAUGUCUCAGGGAAGAUAAUUUGCAAGGUGAGGCUAUCAGGGAACCUUUCGGAGAAGGAGAAAAAGGUGCCCUCAAGGUGGAGAUAGGUCCAGAACCGACCAUAGCACCACGAAUAGGGAAAAGGUCUGACUCAGAAGGUGAUCUACCAGUUGGGUCCCAGCAAAUGUAUGAUCUCCCAUCAGAUCCAACUAGGAAGAGGAAAAGUUCUCUGCAGAGUGCAUUAGGACUCUUUAAGCCCAUUGUCCGGUCUCAGUCCAUGGAGCAGGUGGAGCAAAGUCUGAAGAAGAGGAUGAAAGCAUCAGUGGCCCACUUUUCGAGAAUGUUGUCGAGAAAAUUGUCCAGUGAGGAACACAGGGAAGACUCUGAGGAGCGCAAGAGUGAGCAAGCAGAGAGAACAUCCUCGACUGAGCCUUCACCAGCCUCAAAAAAGAAAUCAGUGUUCUCUUCAUUUACCCUUCCAAGCCUCAAGACAAAGGACAAAGGACCCUUUUUUGCAGAAGAGCUAGCUGAUCAGACAGUUGCAAUUGGACAAUCUCUGGCCCUCUCCUGCCGGACCUCUGCCCAUUCCUUCUCUCGCGUCGAAUGGUUCAAAGACGGAGCAGGAAUUUGCAGCACAGACCGGAUCCUAAUUUCACCUACCCUGAAACGCUUCCAGCUUUUAACCGUGUUAUCUGCCACAAUGGAAGACUUUGGCACAUACACCUGCACGGCUACCAGUUCCCACGGCACUGUGUCCACCUCCUGCACAAUAAGGAAAGCAGAGGCACCUUCAAAUCCACCAUCUCCCGACAUCCUCGAGGUGCUUGAAGACGGCGUGCAGCUGGCCUGGGAGCCGGUGGAACUCAACACCCCAGUGACCUACAGCGUUCUGUGCAAGAAGGAUGAUGGAGAAUGGAAGACUCUAGCCAGUGACAUCCUGGACUGCCGUUACACAGUUGAACAUCUUCCUCGGGGUCUGGUGUACUCCUUCCGCAUUGCCUGCGUGAGCCCGGCUGGCGUGGGUCCGUAUAGCUACCCAACUCCCAAAGUGAAAAUUGGUGAACAAGAUCAAGCAGCUUUCCCAGCGUCUCAGGACGGAGAGGACAAAAUGACAGCACAGGCAACGCAGCACCAGACGUACGCCUUCCAGACAGAGAUUAAGAGAGGACGUUUCAGCAUCAUCAAACAAUGCCAAGAGAAGUUCAGCGGAAAUCCUUUGGCCGCCAAAAUCAUCCCCUAUAGGCAAGAAGAGAAAGAAGUCGUACUGCAGGAGUACCAGAUCCUGCGAAAACUCCACCACACCAACAUAGGGCAGCUGCAGGGCGCCUACGUGAGUCCACGCCAUCUUGUGCUGAUUAUGGAGCUCUGCGUGGGGCCCGAGCUCCUUCAUGCCUUGGCUGGAAGGUCUUCCUAUUCAGAGGUGCAAGUCAGAGACUACCUCUGGCAGAUUCUCAGUGCCGUUGAGUACCUUCACAAGCAGGAUAUCCUCCAUUUGGAUCUAAGGUCUGAGAAUAUGAUUAUUGUCGAGCCAAACCUUCUGAAGCUUUUGGACUUUGGCAAUGCACAGUUCUAUGUGCCAGACCAAAUCAUAACCUUGGAUGGAAGUGCAGAUUACGUGGAAACCAUGGCUUCAGAACUCCUAUCUGAUAAGGGAGCGGUCCCACAGACAGACAUCUGGGCGAUUGGCGUGACGGCUUUCAUCAUGCUGAGCGCCGAGUAUCCCGUCAGCCCCGAGGCUGCCUGUGACUUUGGAAGGCUGGUCAAGCGAGGCAAAAUCCGACUCAACAAAUGUUAUGCGGGCCUUUCUGGGGGUGCCAUCAACUUUCUCCAAAGCACACUCUCCUUUAAUCCAUGGAGAAGACCAACAGCAACAGAAUGUCUUCAGUCUUCAUGGCUGCAAGAGACCGGCUUGGAUGAACACCAGCAAGCCACGGUUACUUUCUCCACCGCCAAGCUGAGGAAUUUUGUGGCUGAACGAGAGAGGAAAAGGGCACUGCUCUGUUCAAAGUACGGUGUAAUGGCUGUGUAGCAAGUGCAACCUGCAUUCAAUCUCUUUCUGGCUGUCCAUGACUCACUGACUCCUGUGAACGUCAGUGCUGAGUUUUGGAGAUCUACUUUAUUAUAUUUUCUGAUUUCUGAUCCAAAAAGCAAUGAUUUUUAAGAUGCAGACUGCCGGGCAUCAGAGGCUGGCGGGUUUAGAUGUUUCCAAUAACCAGGGAAGAGAA